GACGGUCAGCCCUCCGGCAGCGGGAGGCAUGGGCUUCGGGCUGCUUGGGUGGGCCGAGCGCUCAGAGGGACAGCCAGAGCCCAGGUGCUUCUGCGGUACCUCCUCACAGGGCUGACUGUGGAUUGAUUCUACAGGCUUGAAGGUAUACUUGGUAAAGCAUGGUGGCCCAUGAUGAGAUUGGAGGUCUCCUCCCUAUUAAAAGGACUAUACGAGUCCUAGAUGUUAAUAACCUGUCCUUCAGAGAACAAGAGGAGCCAAGCAAUAAAAGAGUUCGACCUCUAGCCCGGGUCACAUCCUUGGCAAAUUUAAUCUCUCCUGUAAGAAAUGGAGCAGUCAGACGUUUUGGUCAAACAAUACAGUCAUUUACCCUUCGUGGUGACCACCGAUCCCCAGCCUCUGCCCAGAAGUCUUUUAGCAGGUCUACAGUCCCAACACCUGCCAAAAGAAGAAGCAGUGUGCUGUGGUCAGAGAUGUUAGACAUCAGUAUGAAGGAGUCUUUAACCACCAGAGAAAUCAAACGUCAGGAGGCAAUAUAUGAAAUGUCCCGAGGUGAACAGGAUUUAAUUGAGGAUCUCAAGCUUGCAAGAAAGGCCUACCAUGACCCCAUGUUAAAGUUGUCUAUCAUGUCAGAAGAAGAACUCACACACAUAUUUGGCGAUUUGGAUGCUUACAUACCUCUGCAUGAAGAUUUGUUGGCAAGAAUAGGAGAAGCAACCAAGGCUGAUGGAACAGUGGAGCAGAUUGGUCACAUUCUUGUGAACUGGUUACCAGGCUUGAAUGCCUAUAAAGGAUACUGUAGCAACCAGCUGGCAGCCAAAGCUCUUCUUGAUCAAAAGAAACAGGAUCCAAGAGUCCAAGACUUCCUCCAGAGGUGUCUUGAGUCACCCUUCAGUCGAAAACUAGAUCUUUGGAGCUUUCUAGAUAUCCCUCGAAGUCGCUUAGUCAAAUACCCUUUACUGUUAAAAGAAAUUCUUAAACACACUCCCAAAGACCACCCGGACAUUCAGCUUUUGGAGGAAGCUGUGUUGAUAAUACAAGGAGUUCUCUCUGAUAUCAACUUGAAGAAAGGUGAAUCUGAGUGCCAAUAUUACAUCGACAAGCUGGAGUAUCUGGAUGAAAAGCAGAAGGAUCCUAGAAUUGAAGCGAGCAAGGUGCUGCUGUGCCACGGGGAGCUGAAGAGUAAAAACGGACACAAGCUUUACAUUUUCCUGUUCCAAGACAUCUUGGUUUUGACUCGACCUGUUACACGAAAUGAGCGUCACUCUUACCAGGUUUACCGGCAACCAAUCCCAGUCCAAGAGCUGGUCUUAGAAGACCUGCAGGAUGGAGAUGUGCGAAUGGGCGGAUCCUUUCGAGGGGCUUUCAGCAACUCAGAUAAAGCUAAAAAUAUCUUUAGAGUUCGCUUCCAAGACCCUUGUCCAGGCCAGUCUCACACUCUGCAAGCCAAUGAUGUGUUCCAUAAGCAGCAGUGGUUCAAUUGCAUCCGAGCCGCCAUUGCCCCUUUCCAGCAGGCCACCAGCGCCUCAGAACCACAGGGCUUGCCAGAGCUGCAUGAAGAGUGUGAAGAGAACAACCCCUCUGCCAGCAACCUGGGGGCCCAGAGGAGGGCAUCCACAGUUUCCAGUGUCAUACAGGUAGAAGUCAAUGAAAAUGCUUCAGAAUGUGGCACCACUGUCCAGACAGCAAAAGACACCAGGAAUGUGAAGUGCCACCGAGCACAGUCUGGCUUCCGCAGAGCAAGGGACAAAGCCCAGUUGAGUGGCAAACGGAAAGAGACUUCAGUGUAAAGGGAGCUCUGUGUGUUAACUGGCAGAGAGACUGUUUAUUUAUAAAUGUGUACAGUUUUGUUUUUCUUAUAAUGUGAGCAUGGGAGUAUCGUAGGAAUACUUUAUACCAGCUGUAACAUUUUCAUUGUUUUUGGUUGUUGUGUUUUUCUUUUUUUUUAAUGGCAGCUAAAGAUAUACAGAUUACUGUUAAAUUGCAAUCCUUUUUUUUUUUUUCUUUUUUUUUUUUUUAAGAUUAUUUUCUCAGAUUAUUUAGAGCAUGCAAGCCUGGCAUUUUUAAUCAAAUGAAAUAUCUAUGAAACAGGUUUUCUCCUAAUUCCAGAUUCAUCACAACUUCCCAAUAUGAAUCAAUUGUGAUAUUUACAACAUUUGCCAAAAUUCAGACUCGCAAAUAUUGGAGUUCUACCAGUGUUUCUUUAGUAAACUUUGCAUGCAGACUUUUUAACAUCAGCACCUAUAAUCUACAUGGAAUGUAUAUUUGGAAUAUUUCAAAAUCUACGUUGAAACAUAACUUCCUUGGAAAACAAAUCAUAAAACUUAAUAGGUUUUCCAUUUUGUCAACUGGAAUGCUUUAUAUUAGUUUGUUUUUCACUGUACAUUCCUCAUUUUUCAUUCAUUUAACCUGCCAAUUAUUUAAUUUUUUUUAUUGUAAAGUAGUUUUUAGUAUUUGCUUUUAUUUUUUUACUUUGAUGCCUUUUCAAAUUGGCAUGUCUUUAAAACAUUUUUCUUCCUGAUUAAAAAUGUGUGUGUAUUUGUGUAUAUAAGUAUAUAUAUAUGUUUUUAAAUCAUAUUAACUUUACCAAGUGAAACCAAGCCAUACUGUUUUUGAGCCAAUUAGGAAAAUUACAGUUUAAAGUCUAACAUUUCGGGGUGGUAAAUACACAUGAAAUGACUCAGUAUAUUCUAAACUACUGAAAGAAAACCACUUCAAGGAUUUUGUUGAAAGCUUUAUUGUUGUCUGAAAAGCAAGAGGAAAGUUGACUGGUAAUAAGUAGGGAAAAAAAAAAAAAGAGGGAAAAAGAGAGUAGUUUUUCUUUAAGUAAAAAUGUCUGGUUGUGCCAGAAUGUGAAAGGAGUUAGGGAAAGCUCUACUGGAGGGUGUGCAGUAAGUCGUAGAAGGCUCGAGGGGACGUGGACUUUAUUUGCCUUGGUUUAUAAUACCUGCAAAUAAUGAGUUUGAAAAGAAACAAUGAAAUGUGUUAAAAAUUUGACCAUAUUAGAUCAAUUAUGGUGGAUUUAUACAUAAGAUGGGAAAAAGACUGGUAAAUCUUCUUCUGCAAAAUAUUUCUGUUAAAUGAGAUCUUUUGUAGUCUUUACAAAGGAGGAGGGAGGACUAAAAGCCCGGUGUCGUGGCAGACUUGUAAUGGUGAUCAACUCAAGUCAUUGUUGACUAUUAUGUGAAAUAUAUUUGGCCAGUGGAAAUGAAAAUUGGAGAAGACUGUACAUAGAUCAAUCCAAAUGAUUUCUCUGUAUAAAUGAAUUAUACAAUUAAAAAACACACACACUAUUCACGAUAAAA